UGAAUAUCAAUUCUAGUGUAACAAAUGGCUGAGGUUGAUCAUGAAGAAACUUUUGAGGGUGCAGAUGCUGGUGCAUCCCAAACCUUCCCCAUGCAAUGCAGCGCUCUAAGAAAAAAUGGUCAUGUUGUUCUCAAAGGACGUCCUUGCAAAAUAGUUGAAAUGUCUACUUCUAAAACCGGAAAGCACGGCCAUGCAAAGGUACAUCUUGUUGGAAUAGAUUUGUUCACUGGGAAAAAAUACGAAGAUAUAUGUCCAUCUACUCACAAUAUGUCAGUUCCAGUGGUCAACCGUCAAGAUUACCAGCUUGUGAGUAUUGAUGAUAAAUACCUUUCCUUAAUGGACGAUAGUGGUGAAACACGAGAAGAUUUGAAACUGUCUGAUACUGAUGUUGGCAGAGAAAAAGAUGAAAAAGAUGAAAAAGAUGAACCAUUUAUGAUAACUGUCAUGAAAGCCAUGGGAGAAGAAAUGUGUGUGGGGUAAAAACAGCAAAAGACGGAGAAUCAACAUGUGGACACAGAUUGGACAAUAUGAGACCUACACACACAACUGUUCAAAUAACUUCUAAAAAUAAAAACAAUCUAUGCUGACAAAUUAUUUUGUCAUUGGUGCAUCAAAGGAGUGACUUUUUUGACAAUGAUGCAUAGUAAAAGAUUAUCAUAUUUU